GCGGAUGAUGAGAUGGAAACGAUUCACGGAUGGAUUGGGAAGCAGCAUCGCUCUUACACCUUGGCUAUGAUGCUGAGGAUCCCCUACCCCUCCCCAUGGAGAUCAGAGGGGAAUCUGAUAAUAGGCUGCUAUCUGUGCGUCGUGGCCACAAGGAGAGCGCAGCGGUGAAAGGAGUGGGAGUGCGCACAGUGAUCAGUCCGCCUCCACAUGGCUCAGGCUUUAUACUCCCACCUCGACCCCAACGCAACUUGAUAUCAUGUAUCUCACUGGUAUGGGCUCAGCCUCGCAGGUUAUUUCGUGCGUUGACGUUGCCUAAGAAAGAUUGUUAUUAAGUUUGAAUUUGGUGCCUUGAAUUUCAUUUGCAAACGGAACCAGGAGGAAGGAUCGCUUGGAUUCACACUCCAGGGAAUGCUGACAGAAGAGGUUUUUGUCAGAAGACACCUGGCAUACAAACACUUGUGAGGGGGGUGAAGAGGCUGGGAUCAAAGACGCUUGUGACAAGGCUGAAUAAAGAAGCAGACAUGCUCGGCGGUGAAGGAGAGAGCGGCUCCUUCUCCUCUACGAAAGACGCAGCGGAGGAGAGGCGCAAAUCUCCGGCCGUGGACGGGGAAGAUCCGGUUUCUGGCAGCAGGUACACGGAGCACGGGUUGGGUGCUGACCGGUACUACAUCCCUCCCACUGUUUCUAAACACAGCCCAGAAACAGCGAGUCCCUGCUCUUUUAUCCCUUACACCCCAAGUGGGACGGUUUACACCCCGUCCAGCGCUGCUAGGUACACUUCCUCUCUUCACUUGGGUUCCGUGUUGCCUCCAGAGGGAUUUUCCUCCUCCGCUGCCGGCCGCAGUCACUUCAGCUCGGCGUACCAGCUCGGGCAGAGCCCUGGCUGCAUCUACCCGCCCUACACCGGCUCAGGGUCCGCUCUCAGCAACAUGGCCCUACCCGGUUCCGGGCCGGGGAUGAGGGCCCAGGUCUAUCUCUGCAACCGGCCGCUGUGGCUCAAGUUCCACCGGCACCAGACCGAGAUGAUCAUCACCAAGCAGGGCAGACGGAUGUUCCCGUUUCUCAGUUUUAACAUAGCCGGUCUCAAUCUGGCAGCUCACUACAACGUGUUUGUGGAAGUGGUUCUGGCUGAUCCAAACCACUGGAGAUUUCAAGGUGGCAAGUGGGUCACCUGUGGGAAGGCGGACAAUAGCAGCCAAGGUACUGAUGCAGGGAACAAAGUCUACAUCCAUCCAGAGUCUCCAAACACAGGGGCCCACUGGAUGAGACAAGAAAUCUCCUUCAGCAAACUGAAACUCACCAACAAUAAAGGAACCAACCAUAGUAGGCCAACUUCACAGAUGAUUGUCCUGCAGUCGCUGCAUAAGUACCAGCCCAGACUGCACAUCGUGGAGGUGACGGAGGACGGGGUGGAGGACAUCAACAGUGACGUAAAGACUCAAAGCUUCACAUUUCCAGAAACCCAGUUCAUAGCUGUCACUGCCUACCAGAAUACUGAUAUUACACAGCUGAAAAUUGAUCACAACCCUUUCGCCAAAGGAUUCAGAGAUAAUUAUGAUUCGAUGUACACAGUUCCAGAGAAUGACCGCCUCACCCCGUCUCCAACUGACUCCCCCCGGGCCCACCAGAUUGUCCCAGGCGCCCGCUACGCCAUGCAGCCCCUCUUUCAGGAUCAGUUUGUCAACAACCUUCCCCAGAACCGCUUCUACAACAGUGAGAGAGCAGUGCCUCAGACCAACAGCCUCCUCUCACCUCAGACAGAAGACGCAGCCUCACAGAGGUGGUUUGUCACCUCAAUGCAGCAAGCCGGAAAUGGCAGCAGCACCAGUAGCAAGCUUGAUCUGACACCUUACGAGGGGGAAUACUCGAGCUCCCUGCUUCCUUACGGUAUCAAAUCUCUGUCAAUGCAAACAUCCCACGCUCUCAGCUACUACCCAGACUCUCCUUUCACCACCAUGUCUACGGGGUGGGGGUCCAGAGCAGCAUACCAGAGAAAGGUCACUCCGAGCCUGCCUUGGUCUCCGAGGCCCAGUCCCACGGCUGGUUUCUCGGAAGACUCAGACAAGGUUAAACCACAGAUUGAGGAGGAGCUAAACGGCAGUGGAGGCCUGAUCUCUUCCUGGACAGACACACAGCCUUUAGCUCUGUCUCUAGACAAGGUUGAGUCUUAUACCGCAGCCUGCAAGCGAAGGCGUUUGUCUGUUAAUGGUCCAAGCACAGAUGACUCACCCGCUGACAUUAAAUGUGAGGACUUGGCCUCUGCUGCAAGCAACAGUAGCUCCUACAGCAAGGAGGCCCCCUCAUCCAAAGGCAUGGCGGCUUACUAUUCCUUUUACACAAACCCUUAAAUGUUUUGUGUCUGAAAUAUAUGGCCUCAUUUUGUCCUUUUGGUUGUUCUUCGUCUGCCACAAUGAAUACGUUUUUGAGAAUACGACUUUGUCUUGGGUUUCUUCCAUUUGUGGUGAAACAAGGAAACAUAAAGGACAUUAAAAUAUUGACAUGAAAAGUCCGGAGAUAUAUGUGGCACAAUGAGCAUCACCAUCCUGAGAUGUAAGAUUAUUCCUUCUUUCUCAAAUCCAUCUGUUCUCUUGCACUAUGUGUUUUUUUCAAACAACCCAUUGAUGUGAGUCUGAAUUUGGAAUUUCUGAAAGUGUCAAAGCAUUUGUUUAAGUUUCCCCAAUGUAUUUGACAGCGUUAUGUAUGUUUCAUUGUGAAUACAUCACUGGAUCUGUCUUUACACUGAAAUUUUGUGUUUACAGAUUAUUUAUUGAAGGCCUGUAUGAAAUGUGUGCUCUGUUAGAUGUGAGGAUAAUAUGCUGUAUAUACGUUAAUUGCAAUGUUCAAAUAUUUGAUAAUAAAAGGCA